AUGCGCGGAUGUUGGGGUAUUAUAACAAUGAGACUGGAUUUUGAAAUUCCAAAAACUGCAGCAAUUGUAGUUCUUCCCGCUCCUUCAAUGAAUUAUCUCUACCCAACUGAGCAAAAGUUGAAAACAUUUCGCAUUAUUACCGUGAUCGACCAUCGAUUGACCUUCACCUGCCUAAGUGUAAUCGCUGCCCACUUGGUGCCAGGUGGGCCAAUCGGAAUAGAAUGUGCUGCAAACUUGCAUGGCCUGCAGACUUCUAACAUUACACUGGUGUGGACAUACAGAAGCUGGAUGAUGGUUGUCUUUGGCCUUUGUCUCCAUUCCAGUGCCUCUUGUUCUAACCCUCAUUCAACGAGUACGCUAGAAAGUUUUUCUACUACGGGAGAUCCAGCCAUCACUUCGCCGGAUUUUACUCCAUCCCUAAGUAAAAGUAGCUCUCGCCGUAUCGGUGACAAUAUGUACCCCCAUUCUGCUGGUCAUAUUGAUAUGUAUUUGUCGUUUCUGCUAUGGGAAAAAAGGACGCAAAUGAUGGGAUGGAAUGAAGGACAUGAGAAAGGAUGGCCGCCUUCAAUCUGGCUGCAUCAGUGUAGUGUCGGAAGUCUGCAAUGUGUACCUGUUACCUACACAUGCGAAUCAGAUUAA